AUGCAAUUAUCAACACUCGUCGCAUCUGUCUUGGCGGUGACUGCUUCAGCAGCACCUACCUAUCCCAAAGUCACAGUCACAGAUACUCGAUCUGCCAUCGACACAUUAGGGUCAUUGUCUGGUUACUUCAACCUUGUUGCAGAUAAGGUCAAGGCUGUUAAGGUGUCUGGCAUGGCUCCGGUGUGUGAUCUCUCGCUCGCUAAGAUGCCUCUUGAUGGUCAACUACUUCCUCCAGCCAAGGGUCUUACUCUAAAGCACGUCGCCAUCGGCCGUGGAACGCAAAACUAUACCUGCGAUACCAAGAACCCUUCAUCGGCCCCUGUUGCUACUGGUGCUGUGGCCACACUCUUCAACGCCAGCUGCGUCGCCGCACUUUACCCCGACCUUCUCGAACGUAUUCCUGGCAUGGCUGUUCACUUCCCUUUGACCGACGCCAAGAAGCUCGGUCCUGCGUCUCUGCCUGUUUCUGGUCACCAUUACUUCACUGCCGAUGGCGUACCCUUCUUCGACCUCCGCACACCAGAGCAAGAUAUUGGUGAGGCUCCUUGCGCCAAGAACAGCAGUGCUCCCGCUCCCUCGCUUUCCGCCAAGGGACAACUUGGUGAGGCCGCUGUGCCGUGGCUCAGGCUCAAGACCAUCGAGGGUGCGACUCACAACAUGAAGGAGGUGUACCGAACUACGACUGCUGGUGGUAGCGCCCCUGCAACUUGCAAGGGCAUGGGAUCUGAAUUUGAGGUUGAAUACUCAACACUAUACUGGUUCUGGGCUGGUGACAUUGAAGAAGACGAGAGCUAA